UGCAAGCGUCGUCAGGCAGGCCGGGUCAAUAUCAAUCGGGCAGGUAGGUACAGGGGGAGCAAGCGGAGAAUGGUCGGGGUCACAAGCCAGGGAUCAGAGCAGGGUCAGCAGAGAAUCAGACAGAGACAGGAACAGGGAACAGGGAACAGGGAACAGGGAACAGGGAACAGGGAACAGGGCCCAGGAGAAACACAACACCAAGGCAGAGUCUGUAGGUCUGAAUGUCCCUUAAAUACACCAGUAUAAUUAGUUCCAGGUGUUUGACUGGCUGCAAGGUUGAGUCUCUGAUUGCUGGGAGCACCCGCUGGCCAGCCCUGGUACUGCAGCUUAUAAGGCCAGUCCAUUCCUGACAGUGACACUGGUGACAGGCAGUGAAGGGGUUAACUGGAG